CGAGAUGAACCCACUCAAGAGGCUUGAUCCUCAUGGAUCACUUCCUCCGUCCCUUACGAGCAUGAGCGUCGGGAUGUGGCGACUUAUAUACGACGCUCGCCCAGCUCGCCUCAGCACAUCGUGGAAACAGGGCCUCAUGAAGUGGAAGCAGGCUGUCCUCGACCAGCAUCUAUUACGACUACUCUUCGAUAUCUACGACCUCGGCCCUGGUCUCUUUUUCUUCUGCGUUUUUUCACGUCUUGUUCGUGGAUUCGAAGACGCGUGCACUAUCUACUUUUCGAAUCGACUCAUCAGAUCGAUCGAGCAGGGCCUCGCUUCUGGAUCGCCUGACACUCGAGAGAUCGUUGUCUGGCUUGUGGCACGUGUCUUUAUCAGUGCAGCAUUGGCUGUAUGGCGUUUUAUAACCUCCCGAGCUGAUCCGAUAUUGUCAACACGCGUCAAGCUAUACUUCGAAGAGCGUGCGAUAGAAGCACAAGCUGAUAUGGAUUACGUUGCCGCAACCUCCUGCCAGUCUUACGAUUUCACUCCGCCGUCCGCUUGGGGAACACUAUACGCCAUUCUUGAGGCCGUUGAUGCUCUAUGUGCGACCGCCAGCCAGGUACUUCUGGUCGCAUCUAUGACAUGUACACGCG